AUGACUUCCGUUGACAAGGCACAAGGCGUUGAAAGAUCAUUCGACGGCCUUAUGACGAACGCCCUCGAUCUUUCAUUUGCGAUGCAGUCUCAACAGGACACCAUCAGCGGUCAUGAGACUGCGUCUGUCUUCGGAUGUAUCGCUGAUCAGAUCGCCAAGAAUGACACAGGAGUCGGACAGCUCCAUGAAGCAAAAUUCAGAUAUCACCUCAAAGGUUUUGCGGCUUGGGUUUAUGGGACCGCUGCAGGUGAGGUGAGCUACACGAUCGGCGUGUUGCUCCUGUGUAAGCAGAUAUUUGUUGGAGCCUCGACGGCCGGAGAUCUCGCAGUCUACACUUCAUAUUGGAAACGAACACUCAACCCUAUACUAUCGAUAUUGAAGGAAUUUCAAGAGAUUGCCAUUGUUUUCAAAAACGCUGAGAAGGUUGCGGACAUCAUGGAUAUGGUCCCUAAAGAGCGAGGGAGGGAAAAUCUCAAAGUCACACAGGGCGCAAUAGAGUUCCGGAACGUCAAUUUCAGCCGCGGCAGCAAAAUGGUGCUUCAGAGCUUCGACCUUUACAUCCCUCCAACAAAGAAAAUCGCCUUUGUUGGGCCUUCUGGCGUGGGAAAAUCAACCAUCCUCAAUUUGCUGGCCGGUCAGAUCGAGCCCGAUAGCGGCGAGAUCCUGGUGGACGGCCAGGACAUCACGAAAGUUGAUUCUGAAUCGUCAGUAAUCUAA